AGGUAUGGACGCCGACUACCCCGGUCUGGAGAACCCUCUCUACAGCGAGCUCAAGUAUUUCUGCAAGAAGAUACAGGAGGCCUAUAAGGACCUGAAGGAGGACUUGACACCUUACCGGGAUGAUCGGUUUUACAGAUUGGCCCCCAUGCGGCUUUACACACUCUCUAAAAGACACUUCGUCUUGGUCUUCGUGGUGUUCUUGGUCUGCUUUGGCCUCACGGUCUUCAUUGGUAUCGCAGGUCCUAAUAUUAUUACUGAGCAAGAACACAGUGGGGAUAAGCUACGAAUGAGAAACCACUCAAUUAAGACUGGGCCCUUCAAUCUAGUGUCCCCUCCUCUUACCACCUACAAUCAACAGCUAUGGCUUACAUGUCUUAUGCAGGUGGAGCACAGCAGCAAUGUGAUGGACUUCCAGCAACACUUUGACAUCAACGUUGAGCUGAAGGGAGUGAUGCAGGAUGCCACUGUCACGCACAUCAACGACAAUGUGCACCAGAAGCCACGGACGCUACACUGUGGGGCUAAAUGUGACGAAAUUAUUGUGGUCCAUCUCGGCUACCUCAACUAUACCCAGUAUCAGAUCAUUGUCCGUUUCAAAGGCCUGGAAAAUAUCUCUUAUGAUAUCAAGGUUAACUUUGUGUGGAAAAUGUACAAUCCCACCUUCUCUCAAGUUGAAAUCUGGUUCCGGUUCGUCUUUGUUGUUUUGACCUUCAUGGUGACGUGUAUGUUUGCUCAUUCGCUGAGGAAGUUCUCCAUGAGGGACUGGGGCAUAGAACAGAAGUGGAUGUCUAUCCUUCUGCCUCUGCUCCUUCUCUACAAUGAUCCAUUUUUCCCACUGUCAUUCUUGGUGAACAGUUGGUUUCCAGGGACCUUAGAUGCGUUCUUCCAGGCCCUCUUUCUGUGUGCCCUGCUACUCUUCUGGCUCUGUGUCUACCAUGGCAUUAGGGUCCAGGGUGAGAGGAAAUGCCUGACUUUCUACUUGCCCAAACUAGUUAUAGUUGGUCUCCUGUGGCUCUCAGCUGUUACACUGGGGAUAUGGCAAACGGUGAAUGAACUCCAGGAUCCUACCUAUCGGUAUAAAGUGGAUAUAGCCAACUUCCAGGGCAUGAAGGUCUUCUUCCUGAUCAUAGUGGCUCUGUACGUGCUCUAUCUGAUCUUCCUGAUUGUCAGAGCCUGCUCUGAGCUCAAGAAUAUGCCCUAUUCAGAUCUCCGACUUAAGUUUUUGACAGCGCUGACGUUUGUGGUCCUUGUAAUAAGUAUGGUCAUACUCUACCUGAGGUUUGGUGCUAAGGCUCUCCAAGACGAUUUUGUGGCCGAGUUGUCCACCCACUACCAAAACUCAGCUGAAUUUUUAUCAUUUUAUGGCUUACUCAACUUUUACUUGUACACAUUAGCAUUUGUGUAUUCCCCCUCUAAAAAUGCUCUUUAUGACUCUCAGCUGAAGGACAAUCCUGCUUUCUCCAUGCUAAAUGACUCCGAUGAUGAAGUAAUAUAUGGGAGUGAUUACGAAGAAAUGCCUUUACAAAAUGGCCGUGCCAUCAAAGCAACAGCCAAGUUCCAAGAUGAGAGUGACAGUGACUGAUUGGAUCCCUGACUGGCGCAUCCCUCUUGUUCUUCUCUUUACCCUGUUG